AUUUUAGCUUAUAGUAGCUUCUAUGAAAAGCAACAGAGUUCUUUGUGUCACUCUCGCCCUUGAUUGUCAGUGGAACCUAUGAUAUAAGGCCAGGCCACUAAAUCCAGGUCCACAGGGAUUGAAAUGGGCUCUUCGCAGAUGGCUCUGUUGCACUUUUUCAGUGUGCACUUUUUUUUUCUUGAGAGUGUCACACAUGUGCGGUGUACUUACAUCAUUUCCACCCUCUUCCCAGGCACCGCAUUAGUGCAUGCAUGUGCCGGAUUUCCAAUCUUACUUGCUUUCUGUACUUAACCUUAUAGAGACCUUUGUCCCCCAGAGCUUGAUAUCAAGCAUCAAUAUUUAGUAAGGGCAAAUGCAAGGCUGAGACUGAAGUGACUGUUGGUUGUUCCAGGUGACAACAGUUCUCAACCUGUAAGUCACAACCAUUAGCAGACACAUAUUUCCAACGGCCUUAGGAACUGUUAAGAUAUGAGAGACUGCUCAUUUGCAAAAUUACAGAUAAGAAGCAGCAAUAAAAACAAAUUUAUGGUUGGGGGUCCCUAAAACUGUCAGAAAUAAUGUGUUUUCGAAUGGUCAUGACCCACAGGUUGAGAACCACCACCUUAGGACUUAGCAGAUUUACCUGUGGGUCACUUUGCAUUCUCAUGUAAGGUAUGGGAGGGAACUAACAUCUAGCCAGGAUAUAUGGGACAUUUAUGCGCAGUUUGCAUCCCAGCAACCUCUGGUUUGAAGGAAGAAGAGAAUGAUGCUAGGUUAUUUUCCAGUGCUUGCUUUCUACUUCAAGUUUCAGAAUGGUUUCACUUUCUUUUUAAAUACCAUAUCCUGUGUCUGAUAAAUUCUUUGUCAGAGCCUUCUCCGUGUUCCUUCACCUCUGUUGUAAUGUGAUGUUAUAUCUUCUAGUUUCCUUGCUUUUGUUGGCAUAAGCAAUUGGGCAGUCUUGUUCGGGUGAUAAGGUGCAGCUCCUUGCUAGGCAGCUGCUGGCGGCUGGGUUAGGCUGCACGUGGCAAAGCAUCUUUGUGGUGCUCAGCUGCGCUUUCUGAGUGGAGAAGGAAGUAGGGGAGAGCCAGGGAAGCAGGGAGGGCUUUCGUUCUUCUGAUUUAACGUGAACACCGUUUACUGGCACUAACCUAUUUGUGAGAAGUAAUUAAAAUAAUUCAUGUAAAAGUUACAGCAGAGCCAUUGGUAUUUGUUCUCAGCAAUCAGUAGGUCUUGUUUCUUUAUGUGUGAAUAGUACAGUACCGUUUUAUCUGCUUGUACAGGUGGGUACCUGAGUUGAUUCUGAAUCUUGGAAUCAGUCUUUGUGUAUAUCGCUGCAGUGCACACAGGUGUGCACACAUCUAUUGUCACACUGAUUUAUUUUUCUUUGGACAUAUCACAUGGGACUGGUGUGACAUGGAUGAGCCCAGAGGACAUUAUGUUAUGUAGUCAGAUACAGAACAAAUACUGUAUAUUCUCACUUAUAUGUGGGAAUUAAGACCUUGAUCUCAUGAUCUGGAGAAUAGAAUAGUGGCUCCUGGAAAAGAGAGCUUAGUGGCACAGCUGAUAGGAAUAAUAAAUUCCUAUAGCACUGUAAGCUUGCCGUGUUAGUCAGUCCUAUACAUUUCCCAGGGGCGUAGGAAGAAGAUCCAGACUGUUCCAGUACAAACAGAUGAUACACGUUUGAGGGGUUGGAUUUGCCAGGGGCCCUGUUCAUGGACAUGCCCAUUGUGGGCCUGUACUGCUCUCCAUCGCUUUGCAUACAUAGCUGCUCUCCAUAGCGCUGAUAGCGUGUAUCAUUACCUCACACCAAUUAAAAAAAGAGUGCAAAAGCAGUUCCCAUAAGUAUGUGCUUCAAAUGCUAGACCAAUCAUUUCCAGAUCUGUCCAGUCUCUCUUAUACUUUCUAUUGUUAGCUAUUUCAUCCAUGCAUUUUAUAUUUCGAGGCUUCAUGCUUUCUUUGUAAGCAUAAUACUCACCCAGGAUGGGAAAGUUGGUGAAGAUAGGGCGUUUCAACCAAAGAGCUUAGAGUUCAUUGUUCCUGGACUCAUAAAACACUCAGGAUGAGUGGAGAAAGUAUAUCGCCCACAGGGCGACAUGAGCACCUGGACUCGGAAGGGUGUGGGGAGGUGUGGGGAAGAGAUGCUUUCCUCCUCGUCGACGGCCAGCGCUCUGGCAUGCGCGUGCAGCUUCUGGUCAUCAUACUGAAAUGAUGAUCUGAAUGUGGUGACAAUCAUUUGACAGAGGCACCUUUGGUAGACAGAUGUCUGCUGCCUGUUGAGGGUGCUUUUGGGUGUUAAAGACUGUUUCUGACCUGUGUGGACGGAUCAUUAAGUUUAAAUAUUACUUUUGGUCCAAUUGCUUAGCUCAUUGUCUGACGAUGUUUUAUAUAUGUCUUGGGCAGUCCUAAAGUGUCUUACAGGCUUGUCUACCUUAAACUCAAGAAUAUAAACGGAAGGGUAAAGGCUCAUUUAUUUUUCAGUGUGAUUGAUUUCAUUAACAAUAAUUAGGAAUUAAAAAACAAAAACCUAAGAGAAGGUGAAUGUCUGAAGGGAGUUUGUAAUUUGAGAUUGUCCACUGCGUGACUGAAGUAAGGACAGAAAAACUUCACUGUGUUUGAGGAAUUUUAACAUAGCCUUUAAUUUGAGGAACUGGUUGGUGUGAGAGGCCACAUGACCUGUUCUAGUCUUGGUAGGAAGGUGAAGCUGAGCCUUGUGUGUAUAUUUCAGAGAGCUUCUAGCCUAAGUGCAGGGUGCCCUGCUCUACUCAGAGCUGGCUCACUCCUUAGCCCUGCUCUCCCAAGGACCACCGUGGCCUUACUUACUCUUGCCCUCAAAGAACUCCCACGAAGAUAGCAAGGUACAGUUUAGUUUAAGGUAAUGAUAGUUGUCAUUUUCAUGUGCUAAACCUGAAUCCUUAUUUCCUAUUCACUUGUCAGCACCUCAGCCCUUUCCAGCCUAAUAUAUAUCUUUCUCUCUUUGUGUGCUUUUAAAGGGUCCAGCAUUUCUGAUUACCCAAUCAAGUAGGAGCCUGCUCGUCUCACCCGUGGAAUGGAAUGCUAUGCCUCUCCUCUUGCAUUCCUUUCCCCGACUUUGCUGGCCUUCCACCUGUUAGCUCUUUUGUUUCUUCUCUAGUGUUGGUGUUUCUCUGGGCUAUAACUUUCCUUUAUAUCUUUUUCUCAGAAGAUCGUAACCAUUUCUAAUUAAGGUUUUCAGAUUAGACUCCAAAUUUAGUAUUUUUAUUCCUCUUCUAAAUCUAACCAUUCAAUGGGUAUGUGAUGAAUUUUUGCUGUUACUAGGCCAGACUAUCAAGCUUUUGAGACAUAUAGUGGUAUGUUAUUGUGGUCCAGGGACCUCAGGAAGCUGGGGCAGGAGGGUCAUAAACAAAUUAGAGACCAACCCAGGCACCUAUCUCAAAAGGCCCUCCCCAUUACCCCUCCUCACACCCCUGUGCUGGGCAAGUAGGUGACAUGGAGCUGCGUUCCUCGCCCUAUGUGUGUUAGUAAGUCUUAGGAUGCAGUACUGGAUUUUCUUAUUCACUGAAAUUUAUACUACUGCCGCUGCAUUUUAGGAUGUAUUUAUGUUACUUAAACAGUAUACACACACAGAUGUGCACGCACACAGACGCACGCACACAGACGCACACACACAGACACAUUCUAUCGUUAAGGUGAUUUGAAGCAAUCUUGUGAUUUGAAGCAAACUGUUAAAAUUGAUUUUAUGUUUAACUAUGUGGUAGGUUCUGUGUUUUUAAGCAAAAUAUUAUUAUUAUUAUUAUUAUUAUUAUCAAGUGCUGACAGUAGUACAUCAUGACUGUUUGACCAUAUAUUAUAGGCUGUUGGCAUCCAUAUUCAUGUAUGGUUUAAGGAAUUUGAAGAUUCCUUUGCAGCUUUCCCUAUCCCUAUAUAGUCCUCAGGGCUUCCCAGGCUGCCUGCCUGGAGGUGGGGGUGGGGGUGGGGGUGGGGGUGGCUGGAGUGACUCUAGCCUAAUGGAGGCCAGUCUCUGUCAGCCAGAGCAUGCGGGCUGGCAGUGGCCUGGUUCCUUUGUCUGGCCAGUCAGUCAUCUUUCUAACAGACACUUGGCUUCUCCAGUGUAUGUCAGAGAUGCAGACAGCUGGUUCAGGAUGGCCUGCCUGGCUUCCCCCAGCACCACACUCUGCUGUAUAGGACAUGGCUUCUUUUGAUCGGUGACAGCUUGAACUGAGAAAAUCACGUGGCUCAGGCCUUGCUCUCAGCCUGUAUGUGCCAGGGCUCGAAGGGGCCAUGCACUUCUGCUGUUCUUAUUAGUGUGACAUCAGAGAUCAGAAGGCAGUUUUCAGGGGGUCACAUCUCUGCCUUCUUGGUUAGUUGGCAAAAAAUUAUAGCAUUAUCAAAACUGGCCUUCCCUGACUGCCCGGAAGGUAUGGUGACCAUACACUGUGAAUCUGGUCAGCCUUGUCAACCUUUCCAGCCAUGAGCUCUACAGCUGGACCUUGCUCCCCAGGCAUGCCUCGGGGACAAUAUGGACAUGUGGCAGAACACCUGCCUUAGGUGUGUAUAGAUUGAACUGGGAACACCCGUGCCUUCUACCCCAUGCUCACCCAGUAAGCUUCCAGUGGAUGAUAGCUGCUUGUGCGUUGGUAUUUCAGUUUGACACUAUGUACAGACUUUAAAAGAAAAACAAAACAAAAACCAAAAAAACUCCUUCAGGCAAAUUAAAUGCCCUUUUGGUAGGUAGCAAAGCUGCCGCUUCCUUCUUUUCCCAACUUUAUUUUCUCUGGCUCUGUUUAUAAUCACUUAUUAACAAAAUCUGAGAGGGUCCUGAGUGUGACUGUUCCUUACCUAUGCCCUCAACGUACUUGUUCUCAUGUUUCUCGCAGAGUGCACAUGGAGCAGACUUGGUGCUGCAGGGAGUGACCUGCUGCUAACUGAUGAUCUACUGGCAAGAUUUUCCUCGCAUCUGGCUUCACUGCAUUGGCUCUUCUGCACUGUGUACAGGCACAGUUGCUGAUAUGUGUUCAAGAUGAGUGGGAUGGGAGAAAACACCUCUGACCCGUCCAGGGCAGAGACCAGAAAACGCAAGGAAUGUCCCGACCAGCUCGGACCCAGCCCCAAAAGGAGCACUGAGAAACGGAACCGCGAGCAGGAGAAUAAGUACAUAGAGGAGCUGGCCGAGCUGAUCUUCGCAAACUUUAAUGAUAUUGACAACUUCAACUUCAAACCUGACAAAUGUGCCAUCCUAAAAGAAACUGUGAAGCAGAUCCGCCAGAUCAAAGAGCAAGAGAAAGCAGCAGCUGCCAACAUAGAUGAAGUGCAGAAGUCAGAUGUGUCGUCCACGGGGCAGGGUGUCAUCGACAAGGAUGCACUGGGGCCCAUGAUGCUUGAGGCCCUCGAUGGGUUCUUCUUCGUUGUGAACCUGGAAGGCAGUGUGGUGUUCGUGUCAGAGAAUGUGACACAGUAUCUACGGUAUAACCAAGAAGAGCUGAUGAACAAGAGUGUCUACAGCAUCCUGCAUGUCGGGGACCACACUGAAUUUGUCAAGAACCUGCUGCCAAAGUCCAUGGUGAAUGGAGGAUCCUGGUCUGGAGAACCUCCCAGGCGGAGCAGCCAUACCUUCAACUGUCGCAUGCUGGUGAAGCCUUUGCCAGAUUCAGAAGAGGAAGGCCAUGAUAGCCAGGAAGCCCAUCAGAAAUACGAGGCGAUGCAGUGCUUCGCUGUGUCUCAGCCCAAGUCCAUCAAAGAGGAAGGCGAAGAUUUGCAGUCCUGCUUGAUUUGUGUGGCACGAAGAGUCCCCAUGAAGGAAAGACCAACUCUUCCCUCAUCAGAAAGCUUUACCACCCGCCAGGACCUCCAAGGCAAGAUCACUUCACUGGACACUAGCACCAUGAGAGCCGCCAUGAAGCCGGGCUGGGAAGAUCUGGUAAGAAGAUGCAUUCAGAAGUUCCACACACAGCAUGAAGGGGAGUCUCUAUCAUAUGCCAAGAGGCAUCACCAUGAAGUUCUGAGACAAGGGUUGGCGUUCAGUCAGAUCUAUCGUUUUUCUUUGUCUGAUGGCACUCUCGUUGCUGCACAAACCAAGAGCAAACUCAUCCGUUCUCAGACUACUAAUGAGCCUCAGCUUGUAAUAUCUUUACACAUGCUUCACAGAGAGCAGAAUGUAUGUGUAAUGAAUCCGGAUCUGACUGGACAAGCGAUGGGGAAGCCAUUGAAUCCAAUUAGCUCUAGCAGCCCUGCCCACCAGGCCCUGUGCAGUGGGAACCCAGGUCAGGACAUGACCCUCGGUAGCAAUAUAAAUUUUCCCAUGAAUGGCCCAAAGGAACAAAUGGGCAUGCCUAUGGGCAGGUUUGGUGGUUCUGGGGGCAUGAACCAUGUGUCAGGCAUGCAAGCAACCACUCCUCAGGGUAGUAACUAUGCACUCAAAAUGAACAGUCCCUCGCAAAGCAGCCCCGGCAUGAACCCGGGGCAAGCCAGCUCCGUGCUCUCCCCAAGGCAGCGCAUGAGCCCCGGCGUGGCUGGCAGUCCUCGCAUCCCACCCAGUCAGUUUUCCCCUGCAGGAAGCUUGCAUUCCCCUGUGGGAGUUUGCAGCAGCACAGGAAAUAGCCAUAGUUAUACCAACAGUUCCCUCAAUGCACUGCAAGCCCUCAGCGAGGGCCAUGGGGUCUCACUCGGGUCCUCGCUGGCUUCACCGGACCUAAAAAUGGGCAAUUUGCAAAACUCCCCAGUUAAUAUGAAUCCUCCCCCACUCAGCAAGAUGGGAAGCUUGGACUCCAAAGACUGUUUUGGACUUUAUGGGGAGCCCUCAGAAGGUACAACUGGACAAGCAGAGGCCAGCUGCCAUCCUGAAGAACAAAAGGGGCCCAAUGAUUCCAGCAUGCCCCAGGCGGCCAGCGGGGACAGGGCUGAGGGACACAGCCGGCUGCAUGACAGCAAAGGGCAGACCAAACUCCUGCAGCUGCUGACCACCAAGUCCGACCAGAUGGAGCCUUCACCCUUGCCCAGCUCCUUGUCGGACACAAACAAGGACUCAACAGGGAGCUUGCCUGGGCCUGGGUCCACGCAUGGCACCUCGCUCAAGGAGAAGCAUAAGAUUUUGCACAGACUCUUACAGGACAGCAGUUCCCCUGUGGACUUGGCCAAGCUGACAGCAGAAGCCACAGGCAAAGAGCUGAGCCAGGAGUCCAGCAGCACAGCUCCUGGGUCGGAAGUGACUGUCAAACAGGAGCCAGCGAGCCCCAAGAAGAAAGAGAAUGCACUACUGCGCUAUUUGCUCGACAAAGAUGAUACUAAAGAUAUUGGUUUACCGGAAAUAACCCCCAAACUCGAGCGACUGGACAGUAAGACAGAUCCUGCCAGUAACACAAAGUUAAUUGCUAUGAAAACUGUGAAGGAGGAGGUGAGCUUUGAGCCCAGUGACCAGCCUGGCAGCGAGCUGGACAACUUGGAAGAGAUUUUGGAUGAUUUGCAGAACAGUCAGUUACCACAGCUUUUCCCAGACACAAGGCCAGGAGCUCCUACUGGGUCAGUUGACAAGCAAGCCAUCAUCAAUGACCUCAUGCAACUCACAGCUGACAGCAGUCCCGUCCCACCUGCCGGAGCCCAGAAGGCAGCACUGCGCAUGUCACAGAGCACUUUUAAUAACCCACGACCAGGGCAACUGGGCAGGUUAUUGCCAAACCAGAACUUACCACUUGACAUCACUUUGCAAAGCCCAACUGGUGCUGGACCUUUCCCACCAAUCAGAAACAGUAGCCCCUACUCAGUGAUACCUCAGCCAGGAAUGAUGGGUAACCAAGGGAUGCUAGGAAGCCAAGGAAACUUAGGGAACAAUAGCACAGGAAUGAUUGGCAGCAGCACUUCCCGGCCCAGCAUGCCUUCUGGGGAAUGGGCACCACAGAGUCCAGCUGUGAGAGUCACUUGUGCUGCUACCACUGGUGCCAUGAACCGACCAGUCCAAGGAGGCAUGAUUCGGAACCCAACAGCCAGCAUCCCCAUGCGAGCCAACAGCCAGCCUGGCCAAAGACAGAUGCUUCAGUCUCAGGUCAUGAACAUAGGCCCUUCUGAGUUAGAGAUGAACAUGGGAGGACCUCAGUAUAAUCAACAGCAGGCCCCUCCGAACCAAACUGCCCCGUGGCCUGAGAGCAUCCUGCCUAUAGACCAGGCAUCGUUUGCCAGCCAGAACAGUUUGUCUCUUUACAGGCAGCCCUUCGGCAGCUCCCCUGAUGACCUGCUGUGUCCACAUCCUGCAGCAGAGUCGCCAAGCGAUGAGGGCGCUCUUCUUGACCAGCUGUAUCUGGCCUUGCGGAACUUCGAUGGCCUUGAGGAGAUUGAUAGAGCUCUGGGGAUACCAGAACUGGUCAGCCAGAGCCAAGCUGUGGAUGCAGAGCAGUUCUCAAGUCAGGAGUCCAGCAUAAUGCUGGAGCAGAAGCCCCCCGUUUUCCCACAGCAGUACGCAUCUCAGGCACAAAUGGCCCAGGGUGGCUAUAAUCCCAUGCAAGAUCCAAACUUUCACACCAUGGGACAGCGGCCAAAUUACACCACACUCCGUAUGCAGCCACGGCCAGGCCUCAGGCCCACAGGCAUUGUGCAGAACCAGCCAAACCAACUGAGACUUCAGCUUCAGCACCGCCUCCAAGCACAGCAGAAUCGCCAGCCGCUUAUGAAUCAGAUCAGCAGUGUUUCCAAUGUGAACCUGACUCUGAGGCCUGGAGUGCCCACUCAGGCUCCUAUUAAUGCACAGAUGCUGGCCCAGAGGCAGAGGGAAAUCCUCAACCAACAUCUUCGGCAGAGACAGAUGCAGCAGCAGGUGCAGCAGCGGACUUUGAUGAUGAGAGGACAGGGCUUGAAUGUGACCCCAAGCAUGGUGGCUCCCGCUGGCCUACCAGCAGCCAUGAGCAAUCCCCGGAUCCCCCAGGCCAAUGCCCAGCAGUUCCCAUUUCCUCCGAACUACGGAAUAAGUCAACAACCUGAUCCUGGCUUUACUGGGGCUACAACUCCCCAGAGUCCUCUAAUGUCUCCCCGGAUGGCACAUACUCAGAGUCCCAUGAUGCAGCAGUCUCAAGCCAACCCAGCCUACCAGCCCACCUCAGACAUGAAUGGAUGGGCACAGGGGAGCAUGGGUGGAAACAGCAUGUUCUCACAGCAGUCCCCACCACACUUUGGGCAACAAGCAAACACCAGCAUGUAUAGUAACAACAUGAACAUCAGUGUGUCGAUGGCAACCAACACGGGUGGCUUGAGCAGCAUGAACCAGAUGACAGGCCAGAUGAGCAUGACCUCAGUGACCUCCGUGCCUACGUCAGGACUGCCCUCCAUGGGUCCCGAGCAGGUCAAUGACCCUGCUCUGAGGGGAGGCAACCUUUUCCCAAACCAACUGCCUGGAAUGGACAUGAUCAAGCAGGAGGGAGAUGCAUCUCGGACGGGUGGUCGUCCACAGACUGACUACAGCCUGCGGGAGCUUCACACUGAUGGAUGGAGCGUGCACCUGCGCCAUUCAGUUAGGGACAGCGCCACCUGCCUUCCCGUGUCAGAAACCCACCACUCACCAAAUGCGGAGCCUUCGUACUCUAGAAUAAGCUAAAAUACUGCUGACCCUGGAGAAACUGUCUGCAUCUUUCUUCAACCCACUGGGCUUACAAACAUUUACCAGUCUGGAGAGCUGCGUCUCUUUGUGUUGCCACCUGACAUGCCGCCAGUUCUCCCAGGACAUAGCAGCAGACAGUCGGGCCCUGGGCCCGCAGCAUAGAGCGUGCUGGCUUGGCUGCCACCGGAAGAGUUGCCUCUCCCGACAGCCUGCAGCUCGCCUCCAGACCAACCCGCAGUCUGUUCACUGCAUUCACCGUAGUGCAACUUAGAUCUCCUGCAGAGUAACUGUCCCCAGGCCGACUUCAUCCCCAUCAGAUUGAAUGUAUUUAAAUGUGUGUGUUUGAGGAGA